AUGUCGAACAUCUGGGACUCCAUCACCGGUCGCAAACAAUCCAAGGGCUCCGAGGCCACCGCAUCAGCACCAGAUGCUACCAGCUUCCUAGCCGAUCUUCCCGACCCCUCUCAGCUCCAUCCCCUCGCCGGCCUGAACCAAGAUACCCUCGACUACAUCACCCUCGAAGACUCCGCGCUCGACCAAACACCCGGAUCGCGCUCUGUGCUGCCCUCCCGUGGAUGGUCCGAUGAUCUCUGCUAUGGAACAGGAACGACUUACCUUGCUGGUUUGACUCUCGGUGGUGCCUGGGGUCUGGCGGAGGGACUGAAGAAGACGCCCGUCACCGCUCCGCCGAAGAUCCGCCUCAACGGUGCUCUCAACUCCAUUACGAGACGAGGACCUUUCCUCGGUAACUCGGCUGGUGUGGUCGCGAUGGUCUACAACGGGUUUAACUCCGGUCUGGGCUACGCGAGGGGUAAGCACGAUGCUGCUAACAGCAUUGUGGCGGGUGCGUUGAGUGGAAUGGUCUUCAAGAGCACGAGGGGUCUUAAGCCUAUGGUGAUUUCGGGUGGUAUCGUUGCUGGCAUUGCUGGUGGUUGGACUGUCCUGAGCAAGGCUAUCCUGUAA